CAGUGUGAUUAGUCUGGUCUACAAUAGGUGUUUUAAGCUUUAAGCCUUAAGAAAUUGACCAAUUACAAUCGACUGUGAUUGGUCAAUAUCUUAUGGAUUGAGGCUUAUUACACCUAUUGUGAUCGACUUUUGGAAAAUGGGUAUGAUUAGCAGAUCUGAAAGUAAACAAUUAUGUAUUUUCUGCGCGUAAAAGUACAGAAAGCGUAACCGAAAAGAACAGCGUGUGUCACGUCAUAAUAUGAAGAUUAGCGGCUGUGAAUCUUUGAAUGUCGUGUAGUUGAAAUUUAUAGUGACAGAGAAGGUAACUGUUAUCCCACCGAAAGUGUGAUGAUCAUCGUUAAUUAGCCGCAGAAUUAAAAGACAUUCUACAAGACGCAAAUAUACAAUUAUGUCUAACAAUAAUAUCACUUUGCCAAAAGCCCCGAAAGAUCUGUGUUUCUCCGAGCUUGAUUUUAUACAGGAUAAUUUUGAUGUUGAUACUUUCCUGCAAGAUCACAGAAAAAAUGGCAAGCUUGAGACAAUGCGAGACGAUCUUGGCAUGUACUUGAAAUUAUUGAGAUCUGCCAUGAUUGACCUAAUUAAUAGAGAUUAUACAGAUUUUGUGAACUUGUCUAGUAAUUUGAUCGGUCUGGAUAAAGCUAUCAAUGAUUUGCAGACACCGCUUGGACAGUUAAGGGAAGAAGUUAUGCAAGUACGACAAGCAUUAGAUGAUGAAAUUACAGCUAUUUCAACUAAUUUAAAUGACAAUUUGAAGAUCAGAGAACGUAAACAGAAUUUGCACAGUUUGCAACAUGUAUACAAAUCAUUGAAGAAGCUUUCCUCCAUUUUAUCUAUGAAAACAUUUAUGGAACAUCCUACGAAGAUCGACAUUUUAGAACAGGCAGCAAUUGAGCUGAAUCAGUUAAAAUUUCACAUAUCCAGAUGCAAAUCAGACAUCUCAGUGGAUCAAGGAAAAGAAAGUACGGAAUUAGAGAAUCUAUAUCUAACUUGUCUGAACGAGUUAUUCUUAGCAUGUAUACAGGAAAAGAAUUCAAAUUUGGCAAUUCGUUGCCUCAGGAUUUAUCUUACGCUGGACAAAAUAUCAAAUGCUGAAGAAUUAGUAAAGCACGAACUUGUAAGGCCAUUGAUUUACAAUAUGAUCAAUGAGGAGAACCUUCAAACCGAUCCGCUUGGUCUGCAAAGUAUUUAUCAUAGGCUACUAAACAUUCUGAAUGUAGAGAUGAAGCAACUACUAGAUAUUACAUUAUAUUCUGACAGGAUAUCCGUAAAAGGAUUUAAUUUUUUAGUGAACAGUUUUUGGGUUGAAGUCGAGGAAAAGAUAGAGCAGUAUAUAAAGUCUGUUUUUGCUCCUGGAGACCCAGUGUUGUUUCAUAAAAGAUAUACAGCUACGUUAGAAUUUUUAACAAAAUUAGAAGUAGAAUGUGUCACACCUGAAACCUUAACAGCAUUGAGGAGUCAUCCGCAGUACAAAAGUUUCCUCAAGAAAUGGAAUUUACCAGUUUACUUUCAAAUUCGAUUUCAAGAGAUAGCCGGAAUCGUGGAGGCGGUAUUAGCCGAAAUAGUAUCGCCGGAUUCAGUCAAGGGUAAUUUAGCUUCAUUGACGCAAAAAGAUUUUUCACUUCACGCAACUUGCGUAAUUUGGGAUAAUCUGCUGAGAAUUUGGGCUGAUGAUAUCUACUUAUACCAAUUGUUUCACAGGUUCUGGAAACUCAGUCUUCAGAUAUGCUCGAGAUAUCAGACCUGGUGUCAGAAUGCGAUGAAACAAGUAUGGCCUGUCAUAAAUGAAACUAACAGCUCAAGUGACUCGGAACAUUCUACGAGAUUGAACUUUCUAGUAUAUUUGUACACUGAUAUAGAGAAACUAGUGAAUGCGUUACCAUCUUUCCUCCAGAUGGUACAAUCCAAGGUUAAAGAUGGGAAUGUUACGAUAUCUAAAUUAUUAGAAGAUUCUCUGAGCGAGACGUCUAAAAAUCUAGCGAAUUUCUUACCGUCGGUUACGAGGGAAAUUGUGAACGAGCUCUCAGAGCAAUGCGUAACUCACUUGAAGCAAGUCAGCGACAUUCCCAGAUUAUUUAGAAGGACAAAACGAGAUGUACCGACUAAACCUUGUCCAUAUGUAAAAAGCGCAAUGAUUCCUCUCACCAACUUCCACGUGGAUUACAACAAGAUCAUUCCAGAGACCGUUGCCCUCUGGUUAGAAUUAACGUUAUCGUCACUGACGGAAAGUUAUUUGCUGUUCGUUACGGACGUAUUAACGUCCGUACAAAAAACUGAAGAGAGCCUAAGGAGAUUGAAGAAGAUUCGCGACAAAACUACCGGCAUCCUUCCUUCGGAGCCUCAAGGAACCAGCGACGACGAAAAGAUACGUAUUCAGCUCAAAGUCGACGUGGACGGUUACGCAAAUAUGAUCAAAGAUCUUAACAUGUCCGUCAGCAAUAUACAUCAUCUGCAGGACCUGAUAGACGCUAUAGAAGCAGCUAUGAAGAAAUGAUAAUUCUCAGUUGUAUUACAAGAGAUGUGAUUCAACGAUGGCUUAAUAAUAAUGACGCCAAUAUUGUGUCAAUUAUUGCGACGUUGAUAUGUUAACCUGGACGAGUUACGACAUGUCCAGACUUUACUUACAGUUAGACAUGUGAGAAUUUAUUUUGAAAUGUACAUACUUCUCCAAUAUAUUAUAUGAUGUAUA